GCUUCAAUGAAGUUGAAAAACAUCUCCGUGAUAAUGGAAUAUGUAUAGCCCGAACAGAGAAACUUCUUAAGGAUUCUGGUGUGGCUGGGACUGAAGCCUACGAUAAGAUUGUUGACAAUCUCAAAUUGAAAUCAAAUGCACGGGGUGUAAUUAUAUUCGCAUCCGAUCAAGAAGUUGGAGAACUGAUGCUGGCUGUGGCGAGAAGAAAUGCCACGGGGAUGUUUUCCUGGAUUGGAAGUGAUGGAUGGGGAGGCAGAGCUGUAGUCUACGAGAACAAAGAGAGACAGGUGGAAGGAGCUAUCACCGUUCAGCCACUGGCAUACGAUGUGAAAGGUUUCAAAAAAUAUUUCCUGUCUCUUUCACCGAAGACAAAUACACGGAAUCCUUGGUUUAUUGAAUAUUGGGAACAACAUUUCCAGUGUAAAUAUCCUAACAGCAGUUGGACGCCAUUUAAUGAAAUCUAUAACGAAACAUGUACUGGAAACGAAGUGAUUGAUCCUGAUGACUUCCAUCUUGAAGCCCAGCUACAAUUUGUCAGCGAUGCUGCAAUGGCCUUUGGUUAUGCUUUCAAGGCUAUGCAUCAAGAUUUAUGCGAUGGAAAACCGCAUCUCUGUGAUAAAAUGUCGCCCAUUAACGGUGAACUUUUGAAGCAAUAUCUAUUAAAAGUAGACUUCCAAGGAUUGAGUGGCCAAAAUUUCACCUUUCUGCCAAAUGGAGAUGGUCCAGCUCGUUACAGAAUUUUGAAUUACCGCCAAAAAUCUUUAAAUCAAUUUGAAUGGAACAGUGUGGGUUUCUUUAAAGAUGGAAAACUCAGAGAUAUGAAUAUGUCGAUGAUACAGUUUCGUCUGGAGGAACCGAAUCACCCGGAAUCCGUUUGCAGUAAACAGUGCGUCCAAGGUCAAGCCAAGACAUUUCUGAAAGGUCACACCUGCUGUUGGACCUGCCUCAACUGUACAAAAUAUCAGUAUCUUCCAACAAAGUUCGAGUGUAAAGACUGUCCAAUGGGGACUCUUCCUAGUCUUAACCAAACAUACUGUGUUAGAAUAGCAGAGAUCUACCUCAGUGUUGAUGACGGAAUUGCUAUUGGCGCGAUGGUGUUCUCUUCACUAGGCAUUGUGGCAUCUAUAUUCGUAAUUAUAGUUUUCAUAAGAUAUAGUGCAACACCAGUGGUGAAAGCAUCAGGGCGAGAGCUCAGUUUCGUCUUACUGAUUGGCAUUUUCAUGUGUUAUUGUAUGACCUUCCUUGUAGUGGCAAAACCAAAUGCCUUUACAUGUGGUUCACAGCAGUUUGGAAUCGGUUUAUGUUUUGCCAUAACGUACGCCGCAAUAUUAACCAAGACAAAUCGAAUAGCACGGAUCUUCCGUGCCGGUAAGCGCACCGCAAAACGGCCUAAGUUCAUUAGUCCAAGAUCUCAACUAUUUAUUUGUGGUUCACUAGUAUCACUGCAGCUAGCAAUUGGUGUUAUUUGGCUACUUAUGAGCCCACCUAAAGCAAUUCCAUUCUAUGCCAAUCGUAAUGACCACCAACUUAUAUGUAAGGCGGCUCAAGGUUUUUCCUAUAUGAUUGGCUUUAGCUACCCUAUAAUUUUAGUCAAUAUCUGCACAGUUUACGCUGUGCUAACGAGGAAAAUACCAGAAGCGUUUAAUGAAUCAAAAUAUAUAGGAUUCACAAUGUACACAACUUUUAUUAUAUGGCUCGCAUUUGUACCAAUAUAUUUUACAACAGCACACAAUAUCGAAGUCAGAAUGGCUACCAUGUGCUUCUCAAUCAGCCUGAGCGCUACAGUCGCAUUGGUUUGUAUGUUCACUCCGAAAUUAUACAUUAUUUUACUUCAUCCUGAAAAAAAUGUACGUCAGUCAAUGAUGACGUCCAAAGUAUUGAUUGCCAAAACAAAUUCUUCUGCAAUUAGAGUGGACUCCGGUACACAAUCAGAUGAGGUAGAAAUGACGCAGCGUCUGAAGCGUUCCAGCUCAUUCAGCAGUCUCUACAGCCGAUCAACAAAUGCUACACAGACACAAAGUUUUAACGGACACAGUGUUAGUACACAAACUUUAGAUAGUCUUGGAAAUGAGUUUGACGAUCAUGAUGUUGAACUGUAAUAACUGUGGCUUCCUGAAACAUGUGUAUGUUUUACGUUCUGAAAUUGAAGGAGGUAAAUUAAAUAAAAGUAUAUGAAAUAUAAAUUCUAUGAGAAUCCCAAUAACAUUACAACACCAUCAAUCGCAACCAUCGAUCACAGUGAACGUAUUGGCGGUGUCUUCACAAAAAUAACAAGAACGAGGAAUAUUAGGUAGUCAGAUGAAUGACAUAUCACCACCAUCACAUUCGAAAUCCUCGCUACGACAAAAUACGUGGAUAUCUCAAAAACCAUUGUAUGUCUGUGACACGAAUACCAACGACAGCAGCAAUAAAUGAGAAACAUAAAAAUACAACGGUAACAGAAAAUAAGAAUGAUAACAACAAUAACAAUAACAACAA